AGCUGAACAGAACCUACAGACUACCACCUGUGAUUCCUUCUCUGACAGGAACAGAUUACCAUGGAGAAGUUGGCCGUCCUUCUGCUUCUGAGUGCUGCCAUUGCACUGGGCGACGCAAACCUGACCCAGCUCCUUGGUUUAGAACCCUUACUGAAGACUGAGGUGGAACAGACUCCUCCUGUCGAGGCUCAGGUAGCAGCACUGCAUGUGGGGACAAAGGAAAGUUCAUGUCCCUCAGACUGGCACCCUUAUGGAUCACGCUGUUUCAAGUUUGUCAGCAUUCCACAGUCAUGGUCAGAUUCGGAGCAAAACUGUUUGGCACUUGGUGGAAACCUAGCAUCCGUGCAUAACCUUUUAGAGUACCAGUUCAUGCAAUCACUGACAAAGGACACCAAUGUUCACCUACCUGACACCUGGCUUGGAGGUUUUGAUGCAGUCAAGGAGGGCUUAUGGAUGUGGUCAGAUGGGUCCAGAUUUGACUACACUAACUGGAACACCGAUGAGCCCAAUAACGCUGGAGAAGGAGAGGACUGUCUGCAGAUGAACGCUGCGAGUGAGAAGCUCUGGUUCGACGUGCCCUGUGAGUGGAAGUUUGUAUCUCUCUGUUCCAGAAGAAUGUAGGCUAGGAAAUGACCCAGCUACUUCACCUCCACCUCCAGGGGUCAACAGGCUCCUUCACCUCCACCUCCAGGGAUCAACAGGCUACUUCCCCUCCACCUCCAGGGGUCAACAGGCUCCUUCACCUCCACCUCCAGGGAUCAACAGGCUACUUCACCUCCACCUCCAGGGAUCAACAGGCUCCUUCACCUCCACCUCCAGGGAUCAACAGGCUACUUCACCUCCACCUCCAGGGAUCAACAGGCUACUUCCCCUCCACCUCCAGGGGUCAACAGGCUCCUUCACCUCCACCUCCAGGGGUCAACAGGCUACACUUCAAUACUCAAACCAAGAUCUGUCACUGACUGCAGCUCACCAACAUGACAAAUAAAACAUGUAAUCACAAAAAAAGCUUUCCACCUGUCUAAUGAUUAGCUAACGAGCCAUAUCUAACAGUUAGAAAUAAUGACAAAGGAAUUUACAAGAGACAGCAAACAGCAAACAUGUAACUACCGAAAAAAAACAUUCUUUGAAGUUCAAUGCAGACUUUUAAACUAAGUCAUGAUCUGCUGUUAGCUAGCUACUGUUUAGGUAGACUAACCUUUCAGGUUAACUGACAUUAGCUAAACUUGUGAUGAAAAUGUGUGAUGUUGCUAAUCUUGCUUUUGAAAUGAAAGAUAAAUUACUGAAUAGUU